AUGGAUUCUUCGUCGAACGAGGGAACCCAUCGAACCAUGAACACUCCGAAAAGCACAGCCAAAAGAUCCCAGCAUGUGACACCGAAAAUGCGACAGGAGGAGUUUCCAGAUGGAAAGUUCCAUGCGUCAGGUGAUCGUCUCUAUUGCAGCUCUUGUAAUAUCGCAGUCGAUCAUAGACGGAAGGAUACAUGCUCGAAGCAUCUUGAGACCGCGACUCAUAAAAAAAAGGAGCGAAGCCACCAGGAGUCCUUGGCAAAAAGAGCGAAACUCCAGGUCAAUUUAGUGGAAGCUUUCGGCCAGAUGAGUCAGGGAGGAAUCGAGAAACAAACGACGCUUGUGAGCCUAGUCGAAGCAUUCUGUGCCGCCAACAUACCCUUACACACUCUUGACAACUCGAAGUUGAGAUCAUUCCUCGAAUCGAAUGUGAAAAACUGUGGUAUCAUUCCGUCGGCUUGUAAUCUACGCCGUAAUUACCUUCCCAGAGCGUUCGAAGCUCAUGUUAAACACUUGAAACAACUACUCGAGGAAACGAGGUCUCUCGCGCUAGUUUGCGACGAGACAACCGAUGCAGAAGAUCGGUACGUAUUGAACGUCUUGGCUAUCCCGUGCUGCACGGAUGUCGCAGAACCCAAGCUGAAAGCGUUUCUCCUGCGAUGCGCCGUUCUCGAACGCACUAAUUACAAGACGGUGAGCGACGCAAUACUGAGAAUCCUCCACGAAUACGAAAUCUCCCCGCUGAGCAUAAGUGCAUUUGUGACCGACAAUGCGACCUAUAUGAGCAAAGCGUGGAAAGAUUCGCUGAAAUCAUUCUUCCUCAAUGGGGUCCACGUAACUUGCACCGCCCACCUCCUAAACUUGGUCUGUGAGGAGUGGGCUCUGUGCUUCAAGGAGGUCAACAAACUGGUGUGUUGUGUGAAGAGAUCUUUCACGGCUUGUCCCUCACGGAAGGCGAGAUUCAAGCAGUUCCUCGAGAGCAAUGGAAAGCCAGAGAAAUUGCCCCCUGUUCCAGUCGUCACCAGAUGGAACAGCUGGUUCGAUGCGGCGCUGUAUCAUGCCGAUCACCUCCAGGAGUACUCGGGCUUUUUCUCUAAAGAAGUCGAGGGAAAUUCAAGCGCUUCGCUUGCGGAGGCAAGAGCUCUGUGCAUGUCGUCCACUGUCGCGUCACAGCUAUCUCAACUGAAAAGUUACGCACCUCAUCUCAGUGGGGACCCUCACUAG